AUGGAAAGACGACAGUACCUGGAACUCGACACAGAAAUUUCCGUGAAGAGCGGUCUACGCGAUGUGCAGUGCAACUUUUGGAAUCAUGUCCUUCCAACACUCACUAGAACCUACUUGUUGUCGAAUUUAAAGCGGCCAUUCGGUGACACUUGCCCCAACAUGGAGCCCUACCUUUAUGAAAAGGAGGUCCUGGAGACGUUUCUGCCCGGCGGUGAGUGUGCCUUGCCUAAUUUUUUGUCUUAA